AUGGCGAACCACAUGUCGAACGAAGCCGCGUUUACCCCCAUGGACAGCCUCGUGAUUGUGUCCAAAAACAAGCUGCUGCGCGUAAAUAGCAAGACGUACUGUACUACGGACUCCUUUAACGGCAUGGGGAUGGACCUGUGGAGGAACAUCGACCCCAACAGCGGCGAGACGGUAUUCGCUGACGACCUCAAGCCGAUGGUCAACAGCGGGCCGACGGUACUUCCUGUACAGAAUCGCUCGCUGAUCAUCUGUAGGUACAGGAACAACACCGUCACCAUAAACUGCACCAAGUACGCCAUAACCAACGGCUGGGAGUACAUGCGUCCACUCACGGACAGAUACUACGGCGAGAACCAUGACGACGACCCGAGCAGGAACACGGCCUGCUUAAAAAUCACAAACGACUCCACGACCGAGGCUGCCAGUGUGUGCAUGUGA